AUGGUCCCAGUCCCCAGGACGAGAAGCCUUCGACGCUCAAGUUUGACGACGCUGCCAGGCUUUGCAUUCAUGUGGUCAAGGCUUGUGAAGAAUCUGCGCGCUUUGACUACGAUGUAUCUGACACAUGAUGGCAAUGGGGCGAAUGAGACCUACAUCAGUUGCAAUAACUUGGUAUGCUUUGUCGGUAAGGUAAGGGACCACGACUACUGCUUUGGUCGAAACCAAGGAAGGAAUUCUAGGGGGGCGUGAAAGGAUCCUGAGACAUCAGUAUACAGCUCAAGAUCCACUGGGAGGUUCAGCAAUGUUGGUCGAAAGAGAGAUACUUGCUAGUUGUUGGUUGGUCUUUGAACCUCUAGUGUUGGGUAUGAGGCUGUCGGGACAUUGGUGCGCGAUGCUAAAACUGCAAGCUUCCGAUCUCGUUAUCAGUCCUUCCUUGCAUUGGCCGUAUCACAGAGGUGCUACGACUUCUACAAGGAAGGGCUGAUUCGAGAUCAGAUGCAUGUGUUUCCGCAGCAUUGGUUGUUACUACGUUCAGAUCUUGUCGAGAACUCUGGAAACCACAAUUGGGACACGUCUCUCUACAACAGGCUAA